AGUCAGCAGGCAGGCAGCAGUCAGGCUGCCAGUGUUGGGAAACUAGUGAGCUGCGAACUCGCGUAGAUUUGAUUUUUCGACGAAAGUUCCUCCGAUGUUGGCGGUUGCCAAAGACGCGAGUGUGGACGAACGUCAUACCCGCUGACACGGAAUGACACGAUUAGAAGAUCGAGCCGGCAAAAGCAAACUCUUGCUACCUCCGCACAGAGAACUACACCUUGAGACAGUCUAGAAGAAUCCAAGCAGGUCGGCCAUGGAUUCCAUGCCCAAGCCUCCGACACCGAUGGACGUCAGCUGUUUAGAAGCCCCGUCACCUCUGGCUUCUAUGGAGCUGGCUUCUUCGCCUCAGCCGGGGUCGUCAGCUACGCUCGGAAAUUCCCCGGAAGGAACUCAAGACGACGAGUCAAUGGGAUCUCCGCCCAUCGACGAGCGUUCUCUUCACGAAAGUCUCGCUAAGAAUCGGGAAAAGCUCCAAUUGAAGCUGCUCACCAGGAGGCCCAUGCAUCAACUCGUUCAACAAGGGAUCAUCCCUCGUGAGUACAUCGCACUGAAAGCUUCUCCGCAGUUCUUGGAGCAGAAACAUCGAUUAGAGAGGGCGAAGAUGGGUGAUUUCCUGAAGAACAAGAUGCAACAGCGUCCUGACCGCGAUACCCUGAUCCGCGCUCAUAUUCUUGAGGACACUUCGUCGAAAUUGGAUCCGUCGCUCCAAGAGAAACAGCGUCGCCUGAAACGGGCUCGUCUGAAGGACGACCUCAACGAUCGUCUAGCGCACAGACCCGGGCCCCUAGAGCUCAUUCGUGGCAAUAUCCUCCAGGCGGACGAAUCUUUUGCUCAAGCACUCAAAGAGGGAACAAUUCCAUUCAAGAGAACGUGUGAGGGUGAUCUCGUACCCAAACCAGAACCGAUCUCAGACUCGAGCGACGAUUCUCAACACGGAACAGAGUCCGCCGAGUCGGCGUCCACCCAAGUGCGACCGGUCAUUUCUGCGACGUCGUCUCCAGAGCUCUCGACGACAACGUUCACCAGCUCGAAAGUAAUCGAGGCUCCGGCCGGCAUCGCGAAUCAUGCGAUUUUCAACAGAAUCAAGCCUCAAGUCCCGCCUCAGGCAACGCUAGUUUUGACAGCUGCCGAUCCAGUGAUUCUCUGCACGAGGGAAAAUGUCGUCAACACCUCGAUCCCGGUCCCCCCGCCUUUGCCGCCGACGCCUGUGAUUUUCACUCUUGCCAGCCAGCCGCCAGCCGUCAAAACUCGUCCGCUCCAACAAUCGAGCGUUGCGCAGAGUUCCGCGAAGAAAAAAUCCGUGACUUCCGCGACGAAAAACGGUGCCUCAGCCCCGCAACAAACUCCGAAUAAGAAUCGGAUAAUAAAGUUCCACGAAUACAAAGGACCCCCUUCCGCCAUGAAGGAUAAAGACUUCAUCGACCCCAAGAAAGAGAGUCCAUACGAGCUUCUGCUCCAACAGCAAAAAGUUUUCCUCCAAUGGCAGACCGAAAACGGUCAGGUUGGCGGGUCGAAACAGAAAAUCAUACUGCCUGCUCCCACGAACCCACAACAGAGCUCAGCCAUAAGCAGCGAAGCAUACAAACUGAGAUGUUCGAAGCUGGAGGACAUGAAGGUCCCCGACCUCAAGAUUGAGCUUAAGAAAAGGAACCUACCGGUUUCUGGUUCGAAACCACAGCUGAUUGAGCGACUGAAACCGUUCUCGGACGAAAUAGCCAGGGAGCGUGACCACAUACCGAGCAGGACUCAUAUUCCAAUACGUUGCAGAAAUUCCAUGAAUUUGACCGCGGAGUCGACAUCGAUAGACGACAUGGGCGCGGGAGACGCCGACAGCGUGCUUGCCAAAAUGGAUAUAUUACACAAAGAACUUCUGGAGAAGCAGAGAAUCCAGUCGCUCUUCCAACAUCAGGUCCAAAACUCGCCCCCGACGAAUGUUAUCACAAUCACCGACGCGGGUAGCGACCAAGCGAUCCAGGUCAAUCGCGUUCUCUGCCAACCCGGAGUGCAGAUAAUUCACACGAAACCUCAACUGGUCACUCUUCAAAUGACCAAGUCGGAACCCAGUGUGCUCAACGUCACUGGUCUCGCUCCUCAGAAGAUUACCAUGGUCAGCCAAGUGCCAGCUCCGACGGUCACUACGGCGGUCGCUCCAACAACGUCCCAGAUAGAGUCGAGAGUACAGCAACAGCCGCAGGUCAUGGGUUUGCAGCCCGCUGCCCAACUGCUUAAUCAACUGCAGCCAGUUCAAGAAGCCAACAGUUUGCCAAUGAAACCAAUCGCACCACUGCAGUCAGAGGCCACCGUCAUGGAAAAGCCCCUGCUGCAGCAACAUGCCCAACCCCAAAUAUACAUACAGCACCGACCCGCGACGAUGGAUCCGAACCCGGUCCGAUUGGCUUCUUCGGAUCGACAUUCCUCCGCCACCGUACGGGCCGCCGCCCUGCCUCGAAAAAGCAGUUUAGUGACUCAGGAAGAGGUCCGAAGUCAUUCCAGAACCCACUCGCUCCCGACCGAUAUCGACAAGUUCAUGAAGAAUCCCCCCGGCUACAACGAAGCUACAAGACAACUCCGCAAAGACAAUGAGGUCAACUUGAACGAUAUAUUAGAGAUAAUUUCUAAGCAAGAUUCCGCUGUGGAGUUCGAGGUCACCCGCAAUCCGGAAACCGGUGUGGUGACUCUGAAAGAGGCAACUCGCGAUACGCCAAAAACGUCCCAAAUCGUCACGCCGGAUAUCAAAACCCCCGUCAUCAUCAAUAAUUCUUCAACAAGAUUGUUUGAGAAAGAAAAUCACUAUUCUCCUGAAAACAUGACGAAACCCGCCCAGCAGAGCAACCUCUUCGAUGCGAAAUUCGCGGGGUCUAACAGCAAAGACGUCGUGUCUUUCAAAUUGGGCUCUGCCGAAUCUAUGCCGAAGAACGACCAGAUCGUAUGCAAUCCCAAUGCGGCGAAUCAUCCCAUGGAAGGCCAACUCCGACAGGUGGAGGACAAGCCAGUUUCCGAAGAUUUCCCCGUCAACCUAGACGAUCUGGAAGCUAUGGAUUUGACUUUCGACGACCACAUGAUGCAACAGAGCUCAAACCAUUCGAAAUUGCCCUUCCCACACAUUUCCCUAGAUGGCGACCACAUGUCGACGGAUUUCCAAGAACUCGAUUGGUUGACAAAUGACUUGCUUCAACUCAAGAGCGAUCCCAUCGGGCAGUCCCUCAACACACCGGUGCCGCAGGGUGGGCCCUUGCACACACCCGACGUAUCGUGCAUUGAUCCGAUGUUAUCGUUUAGCUUGAACUCCGCCAAUAAUUGCGGGCUCAGGGACUCGAAGGGGAGCAGUAACAAUAAUUCGGCGACGCCAGUCUCUCUCUACAGCGAUAUGCAGGGACUCGUGUGUGACGACAUAAUCAUGGCCGAUUGGUCGAAUGCGGCGCACGGACUCGAUAUCCAUAUGUAGAUCUUCCGAGAAGCUGUCGUGGAGCCAUGCGCCAGAGGCGUCUGCACGGGCCGUGCGAAGAUCGCGGUGAUUCGGAAUGGUUCUUGCUCAGGAAUUCUUUCAUUCACGGCAUCCAGAGCCGAGCCCCGGGAUGCGCCGGGAAUCCAGAGGUAUUCUCUUUCGGUACACACACAGAGAAAUUUAUAGUGAAUUAAUUAUGUACACUGUUUGACUUUCUGAGCACCACCAAUUGUUCAACGAUUGCUGGCCACGACUACAGCUGCUACGAUAAUGUAUCACUGUUUUCUUUUUUGUUCAACGAUCUUUGUUUGUGUUGGAAUGUCAUCGAUCUUUGAAUGUACAUGUAUUUAUUAUAUAUAUUCUCCGAGUCUAGUCACAGGGACUCAUGGGUGUCGCUUGGCGACCCUGGUACAAAAUGUUCUCGUAGUAUUCGCUGUCGGAUUGAGGAAAUGCCUGAUUUUAAUCCAUACUUCGGGGUUGGGACGGGACUUCUGAAUUGUCGAUCGAUCUGGGGAAUUCGUCAGAACUUUAACUGAUCGGAGCCUCCCCAUAAAUAAUACUAUUCGGAAUCGGAGUCCUUAUUCCUUCCAUUCCUGCUAUCCUGACCAAGAGUGUGAGGCCUUUCGAAUCAGGGGAAUGCCGAGAGUUUCCCGCUCGGCUCUCCCGAAUUGAUAGGAUCAGCGAGUUCUGUCUCGCGAUUGAAUUUCAUUCUGGCGGGUGGAUCUUGGAUCGCUUUCGACUGUAGUAUCCCGAAAGACUGACGUAUCCGGAAAGGGACGGAGAUUUUCUAUCGAUUGUCGAUCUGAAUGGCUCUGCCGUAUACAUAUCACACAGACAGAGAGGCACUUACCGGUCUAUGAGAAAGAGUUCGCGAUAGUAUCGAUUGCCUGGUUCGCACGCUCGUUUUGACACCCUUUGAGGAGCUCUGUAUUCAUUGUUGCCUUAAUUACUGUGAACACAUUCAGUCUUGUUAAGCUCGGCACCGACCGUACGUGCGACUGACUCGGAUAGCUUCGGCUCAGAAUCUGAAGCGGACGCUGUCGAAGCGAUAUCAGGAUCACGGGCAAAAACGCAAAUAUUAUCAGUGAUCGCUCCUUCGAGAACAAUGGAUGAUUAAACAGAUCCCGGAGUUAUACAUGGGUGAGACGGACGCUUUUCCGACAUCGUUUGUGGUGUGUGAGGCUUGCGAAUAUGGAAUUUCUAUCGGCAGUUUUGCGGCAUUUGUUUUCGGACCGUAAACACUUGUGUUGGAUCUUCUCGAUUCGCGAAACUCGGUUCAUUGCUCAAACGCUGCCAUCGUCUGCCGAUAGACUAGAGAGUUUUGUGAAAUAGUGUAUCGCUAUUUCUUUGUUCUGAAUGUGGAUCAGCUAGGACUUGUGGUAGAGUGUUGUAUCAUACAUAUACAUACGAUAUAGGGUGGAACUAUUUAUUCUCCAGCUGACUAUCAGACGAAUAUUGAGCGCU